GCCAUCGGUCGCCUGCGAGAGAGAGGUCUCCUCAUAGCCGCACAAACUUUCACCGAAUGGGUCGGGUCAUCCGAGCUCAACGUAAGGGUGCGGGUUCCGUCUUCAAGGCCCACACCUACCACCGUAAGGUUCCCGCCCAUUUUCGCAGUCUCGACUUCGGCGAACGAAAUGGUUACCUAAAAGGUGUGCUCACCGAAGUCAUCCACGACCCGGGCCGUGGCGCGCCCUUAGCCUGCGUGGUCUUCCGUCACCCUUUCCGUUACAAGAAGCAGAAGGAACUGUUCGUUGCUGCCAAGGGUAUGUACACUGGACAGUUCGUGUACUGUGGUAAGAAGGCUACUCUUAUGGUCGGAAAUGUGUUGCCUCUUAGAUCUAUCCCUGAAGGAGCUGUCGUUUGCAACGUCGAACAUCACGUUGGUGAUCGUGAGGUUUUCGCUAGGUUUUCUGGUGAUUAUGCUAUUGUUAUCAGUCACAACCCUGAUAACGACACAACCAGGAUCAAGCUUCUAUCUGGUGCCAAGAAGAUUGUUCCAAGCGGCUGUCGUGCCAUGGUUGGCCAGGUUGCAGGAGGUGGUAGGACCGAGAAACCUCUUCUUAAGGCUGGCAAUGCUUGCCACAAGUUUUAA